AUGUGGGACUCACCAUCACCCGUCUAUUCAAAGCCUGAAAUGUCGAAGGUUGGUCGCGGUUUUCAGGUUGGAUUGAGUUGGGUUCCAGUUAAAGAUUCGGAGGUGCCAAGGGGCGCAAUUGAAACUCAACAGGGAAUCUACGUAGCACGAGGAGAGUUCAACGGUGAAAUUAUUCCAGGCAAAUACGUCGCCAAGUACCGUAUCUGCUAUGUACCUCGUGGUGGAGAUGAAAUUGAGCUGCAUGAAUGCGAAGUCCUUUGCGACACUUCUCUGACUAGAGACUACCAAUGGGUCGGCGAUUCGAAUGGAGACGUGCCCAAGAAUGCCAUUGUUGGUGGAAUAGCAGGUGACGGGGAGCCACUAUACGUUUGCAGACAGGAAAUCGAAGACGAGAUGUGUGCAGGCAAGAUUCAUAAUGGACACGGCUGCGCAUAUAUCCCCUACGGUGGAAAAGAACACUCUGUGGAGCAAUACGAAGUCCUUGUCUACCAAUGGGUCGGCGAUUCAAAGGGAAACGUGCCCAAGAAUGCCAUUGUGGGUGGAAUAGUAGGUGACGGAGCGCCACUAUACGUUUGCAAACAGAAAAUCGAAGACGAGAUGUGUGCAGGCAAGGUUCAUAAUGGACACGGCUUCGCAUAUAUCCCCUACGGUGGAAAGGAGCACCCUGUGGAGCAAUACCAAGUCCUUGUGUUGCGAGAAUAA